AUGACAUCACGGGUCCUAACAUGCUUGAUCAUUGGAGAAACACCAGCCACGCAAUUUCUUGCUUGGAGACUUGGACUCUCUAAUUCUUUCAUCAUUUUAGUUUCAAAAUCCAUCUCCAGUGAUGGUUUGGUGUCCUGGAAAUCUUCGAAGUUGGGUUCGAAUUUCUAUCGACCCAAUGAAUUUGCAAAAGAGUUUAACGAGCUUCAAUCGAAGUUGUUAGACAGCGAGGGUGAACCUAGGUAUAAGCUUGACAUUAUUGUUUUGUCAUGUCUGUCUAUUUCUUCUUUGAAGAAGUAUAGCCAGUUACUCUCGAAGUUUAGUGACAAAGAAACCAUUGUUUUAGUUGACGGAAAUUGUGGAGUCGAUCUUGAGAAGCUCAUCAUUCCAAUUUUUUCUGAUUCAUGCUCUUGUGUCCUUUCUGUUCUGUGUGAUGUCGAAGGCAGGCAGUUGUCAUCGGGUUCUUAUGCCUUGGUUAACGAUAAUUACAGGUUUUCGUUCGGCGUAUCCUACGUGGUUCCGAAUAACGCUCAAGAUCAGACGCUGGUUUAUAACCUCCAGGCUACCCAGAAAAUAUUUGAAGAUAGAGACUCGAUCUUGAAUUGUAUGUUGACUCAAUUAGAGUGCACAAAAGUUGAAGAAAUCAUACGCAUGGUUCCCACCAACAAAAACGAAAUGGCGGUAAAAAUUUGGGAAUAUGUUAUACCAAGGAUUUCUCUCAAUCUUCUGUCUAUUGUUUUCGAACAAUUUGACUACGAUAAACUUUUAGAAAAUCCUGCCUCGUCACUUUGUUUCAAGACUCUAGUUGAAGAAUUAAUAAGGAUUUGUUAUGCACAGUGCGGAGGCAUAGUUGUCAAGUUUAUCGACUCGGAUUCCAAAGUUAAGAGCCGACAGCCUAUGGAUAUUGAGAAAGUUUUGGGAUCCAUUAACUACGACAAGAUUUUGGAAGAGGCUAAAACGAGGAAGAGACAAAUGGACGAAUUCACAAUUAAUGAGUAUCCAGAAUUUCUCACCUUGUCGUUUGAAGCAUACUGUUUUUAUCACCGGCUGGAGUAUCCUGCACACGUUCUUCUCUAUCAGCCAAUAUUUCUUGCAGAGAAAUAUGGUCUCAGUUAUCCAAGUCUCAACUUUCUCUUUGCCUUCUACUGCCGUCUCUUAUCCAUUAGUGGGUUCUCAAUUGAAGGUGGGUAUCUUAAAGUUUCAACACCCUCCUUGCUUUUUGGUAGGAAUGCACAUUUGCCUAAAGAUGAUGAACAUGGAAUGGUUGCCGAUAGAUGUAAAUCUGAUGACAAGUGCCCAGAAAAUGAUACAUCGAACAAAAAAAAGAACUCGAAUAAUAACAAAGAUGAGUUCGAGAAGGGGAUUACAGCCGAAUUUUCCUCUUAUAGAAGCCGCUUUUUUCCCCAUAAGGAAGCAGCCACAGUGAAGACUCGCAGUUGGUUCAGCGCUCUGCAUAGGCCUCGAGCUAAUAGCAUAUUUAACUCCAGCUCCUGUACAGAUCCAAAUGUCUUAGAACGCGAAUCGUCGGUAGAACCAUGCAAUAACUCCCCGCCUUCGGAUAAGCGCGAAGAUGGGAAGAGUUUUCUAUUUGAUAAAUUUGAAUCGCGUAAGUGCAAUUGCCAAUGUCACCAGAUUGUUAAAUGGGAUGCUGGUGGCAAUGACAAGCAAAAUAGUCAGGAUCUAGUUGACGAAUAUAUCAAGUUGCCCAGUUUCAGAAAGAAAGAGGUCAGAGGGCGAUAUUUUCAACAGAAGCCAUCCAAAAGUCUGGUGCCUACGGUCACGGCUAAGCAGCCAGUGGCUAUUUCGACUUUCAAUAGCUUCGAGGACGAGAUACGAAGUAGCUUGUUCGGCAUACCCAGCUGUUAUGGUACGUCCAGUUACCAAGGCAAUUUCCAAGGGUCAAAGGAAUAUCAAAGUUUUUUGUCACUUCGAGAGGUCGAAUCCCGUAAGCUCUGGAAGAUGAAACGUAGCUAUUUAAUAGAUGCAGGUUACGUGAGCAGGCCAAGCACGCACCCUGAUCAACCUUAUCAUGACCAAAUUAAGUUACUUAGAAGAAUCAACAUGGGGGGAAUCUUAAGUGUGACUACAAGCAGAUACGGUAAUGUUGACUCCUCUCAAAAGAUCUUCGAUGAAUGGAGAAAAGGGUCGAGACACAUUGGGUUGCCUGACAAGACCUCCACUGAAUCUAAGAUCGAGUGA